AUGGGUCAAAACUACUAUUUCUUGUUAGCGCUGCUCGCAAUCUGCUUCAUGAUGACAGACACUCAGCAACGAGUGCAGGGGGGCACAAGCAGCCUCCUCUUUGAGCUGUACUCAGCCCUUGUUUACCUCACCUUCAAGGUGGCGGUGGUCCUCUCCGUUCUCUCCCUCCGCCCCUCUGGAGGAGGAGCUGUUCCGGCGAUGCCCUGGAUAGAAAAGUGUGGGCAGCCCGUCGCCCUUGUUUCGACUUUGGUGGUUUUUGUGCUCAGGUCAUGCCCUGCCCUUCCUCCUCUCUCGCUACUCCACGUCUGGUUUCUCCCAUUGGCGCUCGCCGUCGUGCUGCUGCUCCUCACCUGGAACAAGUGGAAGUGUCGCUCUGCCACCCAAGACACCGGCACCGAAAUCCUUCCCAUCAUCGGCCCCACCAAGAACUCAACCCCUCGUCUUUCCUGCUGCCGGACCUAGGCUCCUCACCUGCUCGUUGGUCCGGAGGAGGGAAAAUGCAACACCGGUCUCGGCACAUGACCUUCAGAUCUCGUGUGAUUCCCCCAUGCAGUUUCUUCUUUUGGGUGACCAAUAAUACACAAAUUACUCUCUCUUUGUGAGAUUCAUGUGCACUCAUAGUUUCAAGGACCGUUGAUGAGAGUUUCUUUAGGUCAUGCAGGUUAUUAUAGAAAAAAUUUAUUCAAGAUUUUUUAAAAACUUUAGACCUAUUAUCAUGUUAUUAUCUAAAUAAGUGAAUUUUAAUUUUGAUGAGAAAUAUUUUGAAUUUUUUUCUGAAAUUAAAAGAUUACUUAUUGAGGCACUUAUUUAAUAAGCUCUUGAUUGAUCUCUUCUAUUUGAAAUAAUGUGUGAUGCUUCGAAUAAUGCAAUAAGGGUUGUGCUAGGACAAAAAAAAUAGUCAAAACUCAUGGUAAUUUUAUAUGCUAACAAAACUAUAUCCAAUACUCAAUUAAGUUAUACCACGAUUGAAAAUGAUUAACUAGCUGUAGUAUUUUAUUUAUAAAAAUUAAGAUCAUAUAUUUUAGGAACUAAAAUUAUUAUUUAUUGAUCAUGUAAUAUUGAAGUAUUUAUUCAAUAAGAAAGAUGCAAAGUCAUAUUUAUUAAGAUAUAUUUUAUUGUGGUAAGAAUUUGACUUAAAAAUAAAGGAUAAAAAAUAUUUUGAAAAUGUUAUUACUAAUCAUCUUUCCAGAUUGAGUGAUAUAUGAACAAAUGUACCAUCUUUACAAGAUAUAUUUCCCAAUGAAUAAUUGAUUGCAGCUCAACAUCAACCCUCACCAUAGUAUACACAUAUUGUCAAGUUUUUGGUUUCUAAAAAACUUCUAGAAUAGUAGGAUAAUAAUAUUAAAAAAAUAUUUUCUAAAAUAGAAAUUAUUUUUGACAUGAUCCUAAUUUAUGUUUUUUAAUAAAUGAUCAAAUUUUAAAGAGAUGUGUGAAUGAAAAAGAAAAUCAAAGUCGAAAAAUAAUUCUAACUUAACAUGUGUCAUUUGCCUAAUUGUGGAGGACAUUUUUCUAGACAAAAAAUAGUUGCAAAAAUAUUUCAUUGUGGUUGUUAUUAACCGACAAUAGUUAUAUAAUUUAGUGAAACAUAUAUUUAGUCACAAUCUACAUGUAAUAGGAACAAAAGAGAUUAAAUGUUCAUGAGUAACAUGUUAGUUGUCAAAAAAAAUUAUGUAUGAGGUAUAAACUUCAUGGGUCCAUUCACACCAUCAGAAAGAUAUGAAUCUAUUUUGCUUGUAAUUGAUUAUAUAUCUAAAUGGGCAGAAGCUAUUACUACUAGAACUAAUGAUCAUAAAAUCAUGAUGAAAUUUAUGUAGAAAAAUAUUUUUACAUUGAGUGUCCUAGAGUAAUUAUUAGUGAUGGAGAAACACAUUUUACGAAUAAACACUUCAAAAAAUUGUCGAUGAAUAAUGAAAUACACUAUAGACUAGCCACUCCAUAUCACCCCCAAACAAAUAAGCAAACUAAAGUAACAAAUCGAGAAAUCCAAAAGAUUUUGAAAAAAAUAGUUAGACUUGAUAAGAAAGAUUGACCCACAAAAUUACAAGAUGUAUUAUAGGUUUAUAGAACAUCAUAUAAAAAUUACAUAGGAAUGCUUCAUUUUGUCUCAUUUUUGAAAAAUCAUAUCAUUUUUAUGUGGAAAUAAAACAUAAAACAUAAAAGUCUAUAAAAAAUUAAGUAUGAAUAAAAAAUCAAUAGGAGUCAUAGUAUUUUUCAAAUGUAUGAAUUAGAGGAGUUGAGGAAAGAAGCUUAUGAAAAUCAAAUAAUAUAUAAAGAAAAAACUAAAAGAUUUGAUGAUAAAUAUAUUAGCAUUAAUUUCUUUGAUGUUGGACACAAAGUUGUGGCUCUAUGAUUCUAGGCUGAAAUUACUUCAAGAAAAUUAAAAUCAAAAUAGAUAGGGUCAUAUAUGCUAGAAGAGUUAUAUGGUCAUAGGGCUGUGAUGAUUGAAGAUCCUAGAGAUGAUCAUAAAUUUAAGGUAAAUGAACAGCAGCUUAAACAUUAUAUAGAAAAUGAACACCUUGUAGAAAAAGAAAUUUUUUUGUUAAAAGAAAUUCAAGAUUAUGAUUGAUUUGUCUAGCUCAAAAAUUUAAUUCAGCACUACAUGAGAGGCAACCCAUGGUUUUAUUUCAUUAAUUAUGUUGUCUUUUGAAGUUCUAUUUUUUUUAGAAUUUCACAUCAUAUUUUAUGUGCAUGUUUCUUUAAAAUAAAAAUAUAGAAGGAAGCAUGAAGGAUGAGGUGGAAAAUCCAAAAACGAAGUUAAGGUGAUGUCCUUCUGAACUUUACCUUUUAUGAUAGUAUUUUUAUUAUUUAAAUUUACAUGUAUAUAUGUUUUACUUAAAAAUUAUCUUUUCUAUAUAUUAUAUUUCAGUUUUUCUGUGUCAAUGAAGAUAAUGUCAUUUUUAAGUUGGGGGCUGAAGUAUUAAAUUUUAAUUAUGGUUGUAUAAUGAUUUAGCACAUUGUUUGAAUCUAUUUUCGAACUCACAUAUAAAAAGAAAUGAGAAAAAAAAAUCAUGAAUUUAAUAGCAUUUUUUUCUAGUUUUUUAUCAAAAAUAAUAGAAAACAGUCCACUUACUAUCAAAACAGCAGAAAAAAUAAUUCGAGAUUCAAAAAUUUAGAGACCUUUUUCUCACAUUUCAACCUCUUAGAGAAAUAUAGUUAAAAUUUGAAAAUUAUAGCUACAAAGAUGAUAGUUUUGAUUUAUUUCUACAAAAUUUUGACAAAUUCAUAGUUGUUAGAAAAAAAAUAGAGUUGUUAGAACUGUCAAAACUAUUAAAUAUACUUUAUUUCUUACAUCAUAUUGCAUGCAUGAAAAUUCAAUCAAUUAGAAUGAUUGAUACCAAAAGAUAUUAAGAUGAUUAUUAUUAACUUAGAAUAAUAAUUUAAUAGCAUUAAAUGUUAGAAUACCCCAUAGAUACAUGAUAGAUAACAUGAAUUUUAUUGUAUAGAUUUUCACUUCAUGAUCUUGAUGAGUAAUAUUUACUUGAUGUAAAAUUUUGAUUGAUUAUUUGAGUUUAAUAGAGAUUUUUAAAACUUGAUUUAUAAAAUUUGUGAGGAGAAAUCAAUUAUUUUAAAUUUUAGAAGAAAAGAAUAAUGUAAAAAUUUUGAAAAUGAAUACACAUAGAGGGUGUGAGAUAGCAUUCUCAUUGUCAAAAUUUAUCUAUAAAAAAAUAUUUAUUACCAAAUAAGUAGAUAAUGUGAAAGCUCUAAAAAUAAAGAAUACAUAUGGAGGGUGCGAGACAUUAUUCUUAUUGUUAAAUUUGUCUACAAGAAAAGUUACUUAUGCACUAAAGAAAAAAUAUAAGAAAAAUAGUAUAAACUUCAAUAAUCUAACUCUUGAAAAAAAAUAUAUAGGAUCAAUAUUAUUCUAAGAUGAACAUUGAUAAUUGAAGUAUUUUAAAAUAUAUCUAAAAGUGAAGAAGUAAUAAAAGUGUGAAUAGAAAAAAUGAAGUCUAAAUUGUUAUUUAAAAGAGUGCUUAAAUAUUUAAGAGAUUGAUAUCAUUUUUAUUUAUAUACUUGAUAUAAGAAUCUAAAGUUUCUAGAGGUUCAUCAUUCUUAAAUUAUUAUUAUUAAUAAUAUUAAAAAUAUAAUAUUUUGAAACAUUAUUAAAUCUAAAUAAAUUUUAAAUUUCUAUUACUAUAGGACUAAUAAUAAUCUAACUUAGGGGAUGUAGUAUGUCUUCAUUAUUAUGAGUUAAUAAUUAAUAAUAAUAUAUUUUAUAUAUUAACUCAUGGCAAAUAAUCUUAUAUUUAUGUUAAAUUGAAAAAGAUAUUUUUUAUAUAACUAAUGUGAAUAUUUAGUUAAUUAUGUUAUUAUAUAUGAUUUUUCUAUUCACAAGUUAAAAUAAAGAAAAAUUAAAUUUAUAUUUCUUUGAUAGAUAAUUUGGUUAUCCACAUUAGAUAGAUAAUUAGUUAGUUGGAAAGACAGAACAAGUAUUUCUUUGAAAAUUUAUCUAUUAGGAGAAACUCAAAAUAUUAGAAAAAUAUAUAUAGAGUUUUGUUCAAAGACCAAAAUGAACUUUACAUGAGAAAUAAAAAAAAAUCAAGAGUUUACUUAGAAAGUAAUUCCAUCAUGUUAUACCCCAAGUGAUAGUUCAAUAAAAAAAUUAUGUUUGAUUAUUAGAACAACAUAGAAAUAUAAUUAAUUUUACAUGUGGAUGAACUUUUAUGAAGAAAAUCAUUGAUAAGAUUUAUAGCCUUUAUGAAAUUUGAGUGAAAAUUUUAUAGAUCAGGCCUCUUUUGAGUUAUAUGGUAAAGAUAAGAAUAGAUGAAUUUAUGAAUUACAUUAACAAAAUAAUUCUAACUUAAAGAAUAAGAUAAAUAUAAAUUAAUCAAAUAUUAGAAAAUUAUGAUUUACUUAUUGAAAAUAUUAAAAAACCUCUUAACCCUCAAUUUAGCAGAUGUUCUAUGUGUGGUGUAAAUGAUAAUUUUAAAUUUCAAUAUCAUAUAUUAGAUCAAUCAUUUUAGUCUACGUAAAAACAAGUGUAGGUAGCCCAUAGUUUUAAUAAAAAUAGGAAACCUUUUUUAAAUUCUUAUAAUCCUAAUUAGAGGGAAAAAUUUUUGUGGAGAGAUCCAAAUAAUAUUCAAAAUCAAAAAGUAUUUAGACCUAAUUUAAAAUUUGAAUUUUAUAUAAAACAAUAAAAUAUAUUAAAAAAUUAGUCAUCUUAAACCUAACUUGAUUUUAUAAAUAUGAUACAACAAAUGAGUCAAAUAAUGCAACAAAUAAUGAACCAAAUGAUGUUAAUUUAUAGAGGCUUUUAAAAAUAAGAAAGAAGAGAAACAACUACUUAGUGAGCCCAUAAAAAAUUUAUAAAAUCAUUCAACAAUAAGAUUGUAGCAAAGAGAAUCUAGUAUGACAAAUUUAGGAAAAAGUUCAUAAAAUGAACAUGUUAGUAUAAUGAAUACAUUGAAGAGUGAGAAGAUUUUAUAUGAUCUUUAUCCUCAAUCAUUUAAGGAAGAGGAAAUAGAUGAACUAUUAGAAGGAAAUGAGAAUAUUAAAACUGAAAAUAUAAUAACAGAAAAUUUGAAUAAAGUUAUUUAUUAUUCAUGAUUGAUGAAUAAAUAUAAUGAGGAUGAUGUGAAGGAAAAACCCUUAAAUAAAGAAACAAUAACUGAUUGUGAAAAAAAUAUUCAAUUUUUAAUAGAAGUGAGAAAGGGCUGAAAUAAAGAAAAAUAGAUUUUAAGUGAGUAGAAACUAGUUGAGAGAGAUAUAGGACAUGAAAUUAAUCAAUCUAAUUAUUAUUUUACAGCAAUCGAUUUUAAUAAUUGAUGGUGAUGAUGAUGAUGCAUAUAAUAUACAUAAAUUAAAAGAUGAUAUAUCUUGAAAUGACGACAAAUUUGAUGAAUUGAGAAAUAAAAUUUUUAUAAAAGAGUCAACUCAAUUAAUGAGGAGAAAAAAAAUGAUGAAUAUGAACUAACAAAUACUUUUAAAGGUGACAUUUGAAUUUUAAUGAAUUCAUUAGAUCUCAUAUUAAAGUAGAUAAUUCUUUCAUCCUUCAAAACCCACAGUCCAUUAGAAUAAAGUCUAAAUUGUAAAUAUCUCACUCCUCACAAAUUGAACAAAUAUUAUGGAAGAUAAAAUAAAAUAAUAGUGGAUUAUGCAGAUAAAAAAAUAAUGGUUAGAUUUUAUAGUAUAUUAAUGGAAAAUAUUUAGUGAUUAAUAAGAUCUUAUAAGAUGAGAUAAAAAUAAAUGUAUAUUCUUUCCAAAAUAGAAAUAUUAUUUUUAGGUCAAUUUUAUUCAUUUUCAUUUUUUUUGGCUUAAAGUAUCUCAAGAUAUAUAUACGAAGUACAUAAAUUUAUUCUAAAUCUGAAAAAAUAUAUCAUAAAACUUAUCUUAAGAUAUAAGUAUAUUUUGAUGGCCAUAGAUCAUUUUAUAUGAUCUAAGAGUUGUCUAGUUGAAGACAUUAAAUUCAUCACUGCCGACCGUCACCUAAGACAUUACCGCCGCCACCUAAAGACAUGACCGCCCGGUAUUCAUCAUUUUAUAUGAUUUUUUUCAUGAUUUCACCCGGUUCCCCUGACCUCUGACCUGAUCCCCUGAUGUUCUUAUCUGCUUUAAAAUCCCCGUCUCCACCCCCGCCGCAGUCUCUCCAUGGAGGAACAGUCCCAGUGCAGUUCUCCUUAGCGCUGCUCGCAGUGACCUUCACGGCCGCGGUCGUCCUCUCUGUUCUCUCUCUCAGAGCUGCUCCGGCGACGGCCUCGGCCUCGGCCUCGGCCUGGAUACAAAAGGUGGGGCAACCCGUCGCCCUCGUAUCGGCUUCGGCGGCCUUUGUCCUCAGGACAUGCCAUGACCUUCCUCUUCCCUCGCUACUCCGCAUCUGGUUUCUCCCAAUGGCGGCGGUCGCUGUCACGCUCCUCCUCUUCCUCGCCUCGAAGAGGUGGAAGGAUCGCUCCGCCGUCCAAGACACCGUCGCCGAAGUCCCCCCCGUCACCGAUGCCACCAAGAACCCAACCCCUCGCCUUUCCCGUUGCCGGGCCUAG